AUGUGUCUGUACAAAUUUGAAAGUAACAUUGCUUACUCUGCCUCAAUCCUUUGCUGUUUUAUCACAACACUCAUGAUUAUCAUCACGAUAUGCUAUGUCAAAGUGUUCCGCGCCGUGUCGAGAUCAAAUCGUGUUUUCUCAUUGGAAAAUAACCUGGAACUUCUUCGGGUGAAUGUGGAAGAAGCUAAAGUGACAAAGCGUUUGGUAGCAGUUGUGGUCGGCUUUGCAUGCUGUUGGCUUCCUGUUUUUGUCGUUGAUAACAUCGACAUGGCACGUGGAGAACCCACGCUACCCCGACAAGUGUACUUAACUUACAGCCUCUUAAUUUAUCUGAGUAGCACCAUAAACCCAUUCAUAUAUUGCGCCGCAGAUAAGAGGUUCAGACGAGAGUACAAGGUUGUUUUGAGGAAGAUUUUUACCUUUAAGUGCCGAGACAACAGCGAGAACGGUAACGCCUAA